UCACGCGCCCGCACAAUGAAGUGCGCCUGCGCCAGAAAACGCCCCGCCCCUCACCCUCCGGUCUUCUAUAAAGCCUCGAGCUUCUCCUCGCGAGAGACUUCGUUCUCAUGCUUGCUGCAGGGGUCGGAGGUCAGAGCGAGCGUCUUGCGGGCCAUAGGAGGAAGAUGGCGGUGGAGUCGCGCGUUACCCAGGAGGAAAUUAAGAAGGAACCGGAGAAACCGAUCGAUCGGGAGAAAGUAUGGGGUCCGGAAAGAGGUGGAGACGUGCCCACUGCUGCUGCGUGUUUUCACCACCAAUAACGGCCGCCACCACCGAAUGGACGAGUUUUCCCGCGGAAACGUACCGUCCAGCGAGCUGCAGAUCUACACUUGGAUGGAUGCAACUUUGAAAGAACUGACUAGUUUAGUAAAAGAAGUCUACCCAGAAGCUAGAAAAAAGGGCACACACUUCAAUUUUGCAAUUGUUUUUACAGAUCCUAAAAGGCCUGGCUAUCGAGUAAAGGAGAUUGGCAGCACCAUGUCUGGGAGGAAGGGGACUGAUGACUCCAUGACCCUGCAGUCGCAGAAGUUCCAAAUAGGAGACUAUCUGGACAUAGCAAUCACACCUCCAAAUCGGGCACCACCUACUUCAGGGCGCAUGAGACCAUAUUAAAUUUUAUUUACUAUUUCUUGACUUAUUUUUCAUUCAGUUAUGUAAAAUAAAUUCUUUUUCCUCCCCUCAUCUUUGCCAUUAAGCCUUUAUAAAGUCUAAACAAAUUGUAAUGUGUCUAUUUAGGAAUUUGAUUUGGCUGUGCUAUGUUAUGGAUAUUAAUAGAAGGUCCAUGUUUCUGGUCAUUCUGUAAAAUAUGAAGAAAAGUGCUCUUAGCAUCUUUUGUAAAACUGUAUUGUUAAAUAUAUGUGUGCAAUCAACUGGAGUGUGGAAAUUCAUGAAGGCAUGGGAACAGGGUUUAAUGUAGUAUUUGGGGUUUAUGCUGAAUAGUGGAGGAUGGCAUAUUUAAGCCAAAAUGGAGCAGAGUGAGAAAGCCCUGGGGUUAAAUAGAGGGUGAGUUUGUGGCCUGGACUGUUGCCUGCGGUUAGAACAAGGAUGAGGUGGCAUUUGGGAAUAGCAUGAGCUGAGGCAAGCUGAAGAAGUCAUGUGUGCUGGAGGAGACGGGCCUGCCUAAAGCAAGUUACCGUGACGUAAAAAGUUUGGGUGUCACGGUGAGGGCUUUUUAUGUUCGAAAAAUGGGGAGAAUAGGGCAUUUUGAAGUGUAGAGGAAACAAGGGUUAGCACUUAGGGUAAAAGUGGAAAGGUUUACCUUGAAAGUCUGAAAAUGGAAGGACGAAAGAGGAAUUUUAAGACCCAGGAGCAGAGCCAGAGUUGAGGUGAAGUUGAGGAAAUAGAGGCUGUUGGCACACAGUGUUACCAGUGCCGGGGACUGGCUCGUGUCUGAGUAUCUGGAGAGUUGUGAGCGUCAUGGUUAAGACCAGCUGGGCUAAACAGUUUUGCACCAGGAGCUCUGCAAUCUUGGGCAAGUUACUUGAAUCUGUUUGUUUUCAUUUGUAAAGUGGAGAGGACAGCCCAUGGGAUUGUGGUGAUUAAGUAUUUCCAGAGGCCUGACCUAUAAGAAACAGUAAAUACUAGCUAUUAGCCAUAAAGUAGUCAAAGCUGGAGCCAUAUCUUCUGUGGCUCCAUUACGUUCCCAGUUUGAAGUUUCUAGAGUGUGGCCAGUGUGUAGUGAGCCUAAAUUACCAUAGUCUGUUACAGUAGGAAAUGGAAAAUGUAUUUCAAAAUGAAAAAAUAGAUGCUAGCAGUGAUUUUCAGUCAGAUUACAGUUAUUUUAUCUUGUACAUACAGAAGCAGCCUGUUAAAUGUAAUGGUUCUGUGGAAUUGGUGUCCCUGUUGCAAAGCCCAUCACCAGGCAGCAGAGACCAGCCCAGAACCUAGAUCUAGUGCCUCUUCUCUGAAGUUUACCCCAAACCCUUAGAUUUUUUUUUAUUUCAGACUAGAUAGACUUGAGUUCUGCCAGUCAUAAAAGUAAUUUAAACCCUUUUUUUUUUUUUUGAGAAGAGAAGCCAUGGUUACCUUCCUGUUUGUGGGGAAGAAACUGAUUUACUAUGCGGAGAAGGCGGCAGGAACUAAAUACGGGACCUUCAAAAGCCAGUUUUUCAUAUGGUGUGAACUACGAUGAGGGCUCUCCUGUAGUUCCAGGUUAUUCUCUCAGUAGUUUUAAAGCUACUGGUUGGUUCCAGGUUGCUUGGCUCCAACAUGGCAUUUUUCCUUUAAAGAUUUUAGCCUUGAACCAAAAGUACAGUUAAAGACUACCUGAUGGAUUUAUUACUGACUAUAAUGCUAAGACUCAGACGACUUGUACUUAGUCCUUAUUUACCUCUGGCUUUGGUAAGUAUGGCUUAUGGGUAAGUAACUGAGCUGUUUCCUCAAAUAUAAAAUAGAAAUAAAUGGUCACCAUGACAGCACCAUGCUCAAUGCUUAGUAUCCUGACUGCCUCACUUGCUCCUAAGUAUUUCUGGAGUUGAAAUUUUCCCUUUGGAAUAUGUGUUCUAGCUCAUGAGUUGCCUAUAAUUUGCCUAUCUUUUGAGUUUCCUCACCGUGUACGUGAACUUGGUAUUUUGAGUUAUUUACCAAAUUUUCAAUAGGGAGUCUUGGUUACAUUUAUGUUUAGAUUUUACAAAACGUGACUGGGACCAUUACACCCACAGUAAUCACUGGCUCAGGUGAUGUUUGAGAUAACGGUGGUGUGUGCACGUGUGCGCAAGUGCGGGUAUGCAUGUGAGGGGGAGAGAGCUAUUACACUGUUAGCUUAGGUUUAAAAUUCUAAAACUUAAACUGUUAUUCUUCAAUAAAGACCUGAACUCA